CGUCUUUGCUAUCAAUACUCUACCUUCGAAACCCUUCCCAAUUCCUCCACCGCAUCUACCACACGGCCCCCGCCAAUUCGAACUGUGGGUGCCCUUGGUCCCACCACACCAAGAGCAAGAGCCCUUUCCCCGAUACCACACGCUUGAUCACAGCACAAGAUGGCGGACUUUGAGGCACUGAAGGACCAGUGGAGCGACGUUGAGGACAGAGAUGGCAUCCGCCUCAGCUGGAACACCUUCCCCAGCUCGCGCAUGGAAGCUUCGCGCCUAGUUGUUCCUAUCGGCGCUCUAUACACGCCAUUGAAAGAGAAGACAGAUACUCCAUUGCUUCAAUAUGCGCCGGUCGCUUGCAGACCGCCAUGCCGGGCUGUCCUCAACCCUUUCUGCCAAGUCGAUAUGCGCGCACGAGUAUGGAUAUGCCCCUUCUGUCUCCAGCGAAACAACCUCCCGCCGCAUUACAAGGACAUCACGCAAGAGCAGAUACCCCCAGAGCUACAUCCGAAUAGCACCACCAUCGAGUACCGGCUCGCCCAGCCUGUGCAGACUCCGCCCAUCUUUAUAUUUGUCGUGGAUACGUGCCAGGAGGAGGAUAGCUUGAAGGCGCUCAAGGACUCGAUCAUCAUGAGCUUGAGCUUGCUCCCGCAAUAUGCCCUGGUUGGCCUGAUUACAUACGGUACUAUGACACAAGUUCAUGAGCUAGGCUACACCGAGUGCGCCAAAUCGUACGUCUUUCGGGGCAAUAAGGACUACUCCUCAAAGCAAGUCCACGAAAUGCUCGGCUUGAGCCAGAUUGCCCCGCGAGCGAAUAUCCCACAGCAGCCCGGACGGCCUCCCGUUGUGCCCCCUGGCGGAGUUGGCGCGCGCUUCAUUCUCCCCGUGUCGCAGUGCGAAUUCCAGUUGACCAACGCCCUCGAGCAACUGCAGAGGGAUCCGUGGCCAGUCGCGAACGAUAAGCGUGCACUGAGGUGCACUGGAGUUGCACUGAGCGUUGCUGCUGGGCUCCUAGAGACAAACUACCUGAACACAGGAGCUCGCAUCAUGCUCUUCAGCGGUGGUCCAGCGACCGAGGGCCCUGGCAUGGUUGUUGGCCCUGAGCUGCGCGAGCCCAUUCGAUCGCAUCACGAUAUCGACCGCGAUAAUAUCAAGUACUACAAGAAGGCAUUGAAGUUCUACGAAGCCCUCGCAAAGCGCGUCUCACAUAACGGCCACAUUGUGGACAUAUUUGCCGGCUGUUUAGAUCAAGUCGGUCUACUUGAGAUGAGGGGUCUUGCGAACAAUACGGGCGGUCAUAUGAUCCUGACCGACAGUUUUACCUCCUCCAUGUACAAGCAGUCGUUCGCACGAGUCUUCAAUAAGGAUGCGGACGACAACCUACUCAUGGGUUUCAACGCCGAACUCAACGUCGUUACUACCAAGGAGCUGAAGGUUACUGGCCUCAUUGGACAUGCUGUCUCAUUGAACAGGAAGUCGGUAUCUGUUGGUGAGACCGAGUGCGGUAUUGGAAACACUUCUGCAUGGAAGAUGUGUGGUAUUGACCCCGAAUCCUCCUACGGUAUCUAUUUCGAGAUCGCCAGUCAAGGCGGGCCCAACCAGAUGCAAUCGGGACCGCAGCAAGGCAUUGUGCAGUUUCUCACACAAUACCAGCACUCUGCUGGCCAGUACCAUCUGAGAGUAACCACUGUUGCGCGGAAUUUAAGCGGUCCAUCCGGCGACCCCGCCAUCGCACAAUCCUUUGACCAGGAAGCCGCAGCUGUACUCAUGUCGAGGAUAGCAGUCUUCAAGGCGGAGGUCGACGAUGGGCCAGAUGUUUUGCGAUGGGUUGACCGCAUGCUCAUCCGGUUGUGCUCGCGCUUUGCCGAGUACAGGAAAGACGACCCAUCAUCGUUCAGGCUCGAGAAGAACUUCACACUAUACCCCCAGUUCAUGUUCCAUCUUCGACGAUCACAGUUCUUACAGGUGUUCAACAACUCACCCGAUGAGACCGCUUUCUACCGACAUAUUUUGAACCACGAAGAUGUUGGCAACUCUCUGAUCAUGAUCCAGCCCACACUUGAUAGCUACGGCUUUGAUCACGAAGGCGGCCAGCCUGUUCUGCUCGACUCGGCUUCCAUCCAGUCUGAGACUGUCCUCCUACUCGACACGUUCUUCCACAUCCUCAUCUUCCACGGCGAGACUAUGGCCGAGUGGCGCAAAGCCGGUUAUCAAGAGCAAGAAGGCUAUGAGAACUUUGCUACACUUCUUGAGGCGCCGAAGGAGGAUGCAAAGGAUCUCAUCCAAGACCGCUUCCCACUCCCUCGCUUCAUUGUCUGCGACGCUGGUGGUUCCCAAGCUCGUUUCCUGCUCUCAAAGCUCAAUCCUUCCACUACCCACACCACAGGCUCUUAUGGUGGUGUUGCACAGACAGCUCAGACUAUUUUCACGGAUGACGUUAGCCUACAGACAUUUAUGGAUCACCUCAUGAAGCUGGCGGUCUCCGGCACGGGCUAGAAAUACAUCGAGUCAGCGAAUACUUUCCACGGUACCAUGGGCACCUGGGGGUUGCAGAUAGGUUACUAGAGUAUGCGAAUGAUCGAUGUGUGGUAGUGUGCUCCAGGGUAAAGGGAUGCAAUGAAAUAUGGAAGAGGAUCAUGGCAUCGACCUCGUUGAAGUAUGGUAGAGUAGCGAGCUAGCACAGGGUUAGACGCGUAGAAAUAAGAUUAGCGUAGUGAUGAGUUCUAUUUGCUUUAUGAAUAGUGCACAAGUUUGCGCUGUUUUAUUCUAGAUCAUACUUUGAUGGCCGAACUACUGCUUCGACAUUUCUACCCCUCCCAAUCGCACGUACUAGGAUGGAGAAAUGGAGAAGAGAAAUUACAUAUACAAUUACCGCAAGUCAGUUAGAGGUCAAGAUUUGUUCACGCGACGAGGGGAACAUGAGAUUUAAAAGUCACUAGAGUAAACAAGUAGUUCUUGAUCCAAAUUUAUGAUUUGGU